AUGGAGUCAAAAAGUGAGAAGUUAGCUCAAGCUCGCAAAAAGGCAACUUCUAAAUUAUCAGAGGAAGCAGCAGAAAACACAGGAUUAAUUGCAGAAUCUGCUCCUUCCUUCAAUCACGAUGAAAAAAGAAGCCCAUUUGAAUGGUUGCACCAGUCGUCACCUGAUCGAGAUUCUGUCGAGCCAAGCGAAGGAUUUAGAAAUAGUGAUCACUGCGACCUUUCUACAACGUCGGCUAUAGUAUCAUUAGAAAAUGGAUUAGAAGCUAAUAAUGUUGCUGAAGAAAGUACUUCUGAGACACCUUUAAUUACUGCAGAAGAGUAUCGUCGAGUAAACGAUGCACUCUCUGAAGCCUUACGGGAAAAGGAAACGCUUUCGACUCGCUUAGUCGAACUAAACCAACAUUACUCAGAAAUUUAUGCUGCGUAUAAUGCGUUAGUCGCUACAGUCCAGUCUGGCGGGUCUGGAGAUUCUGAAAUUCAAACUCAGUUAACACAACUCAGAACUGCGAUGAGUGUAAUUGUCGAGGAAAAAACCUCUUUGCAGCAGAAAUGCAGAGAGGCUAACGAGGUUGCCCAAAGAAGUAUGGAAGAGUUAGAAGCUUUUAAGGGUAUUGUAAAAGAUAAGACAAUGUACAUUGCGUCUUUGGAGCAAGAAUUAGGUGAAAUUAAAAGAGGGAGUGAGGAGUCGGGUGCAGUGAUACAAAGGCAGAAAGAGGAGUUGGAUAAAACCCGUAAAGAAGUAGUUUCUCUGCAAGCUAACAUCUUACACAUACAACAGGAUCGGAACGAUGCGCAGGAAAGGUUAAAAUUCUCAUUGAAGUCGGCAGAACAGUUGCAAGCUGAACUGGAUGAAACCCAAAAACAGUUACGCAUGAAGGAUUUGUACAUACGGCAGCUUAGUUUCUAUUCAGCUUCUGCGACAGUUAAUGAACAGGACAUUCAAAAUCUUCACAGUGAGAAUGAAAGACUUAAUGCACAAAUAGUGGCCGCGCAGAAUGAAGCAGAUCAGUAUAGGAAAGAAGCCCAAGCGGCUCGAGAACAUUAUGAAGCUUAUGGAGCUGAAUUGAACCAGAAAGUACUGUCUUUGAGUAAUCAGCUUGAUGAAGUGAGCAGAGAAAAGAUGAUUCUACAAGACAGGCUUCAAACUUUAGAAGAGGAAAAGUGUACGCGUAAACCAGGGAACGUUGACAGUAAUUAUGCAGAAGUUCCUAAAAGUGAAAAUUUGCAGGAGACAACAGAACAUUCCGCCAACGAUUCCACAAAAUUAUUGGAAGAAGUUGAAAAUUUAAAAGUGCAAACAAGUGAAGCGCAGCAGAAAAUAAAUGAGUUGGAAGCUACAGCAUCGGACUAUGCAAAGCAUUGUGCUGAGCUGGAAAAAGAAUUGUCUGUUAAGGUAACGGAGCUGGAAGCAACCAACAAAAACAUGUCACGGCUUCAGAACCAAAUAGAUGAACGCGAAAAGGCAUCUCAAGACUUUUUUCGUCUGUCUACCGAGCUGCAAAAUGAGAAAGCAACUUUAUCAAGAGCUAUUGCGCAAAAUAGGGAGCUGAAGGAGCAGCUAAUUGAAUUACAAGAUAAAAUGAUCUCUUUAUCUACUAAGAAUAUGGAAAGCGAAAGCGAGAGGCUCACCGGUCUGCACACCAUAGAACAACUAAAAGCAGAAAUUGCUGCUAUGAAAGGAUUAACAUCGUUAAACGGUGUUUCCGAAGGAAGUGGUUGUGAUAAAACUGUAAGCGAAGAAACUUCGAAAGUAUUUUGUGACAAGACCCAAAAUACGGAACAGGUUGAUAUGCUUGGUGCUUCUUCGUCUAAUGAUACAGGAGUUGCUGACGAGGAUAAAGGCAUAAAGGCAGAAGAGAGAGUGGCACAGCUAGUUUCCCAGAUAGAGGAAUUAAGGUCUGAAAAUCGGAGAAUUAUUCAACAGAAUGAAGAGCUACACAGAAUAAUGGAACAGAAUGCAGAAGACGAAAACCAAAACAAUAUCCAUGUUGAACUUGGUCAAGCAAUAGAAAGAAUAGAUACGUUGUCUACUGAAAACGAACGUUUAAGAAAUUUGAAUCAAGAAUUACAGAAGACUCAGAUAAUAACAAGGAACCCAGAAUUGUCGUCGAACGCUGUUAAAGGUGAUGAGCCAAAGGAAGAAGUUAAUGCAGAUUUUGAAGGCCACUCUGUAUCAAGUCCGUUGGAAAAGCCAUUUGCGUGGACAGAGCUUGAGGCCCGAUUUGCCAAGGUAAUGCGACAAAACGCAGAGUUAACUGAACAAAAUGAACUGCUUGAUCAUAUUAUUCAACAACUGCAGUGUGAAAAUGAUACAAUUGGUGAAUAUGUUACUAUUUACCACCACCAAAGAAAGCUAAUACAGGAACGUGUUCGAGCUAGAGAUGAAGCUGUUGCCAGACUUUCGCUUGAAAAAGAGCAAAUGAAGCAAAAAUUGAAUGAUUUGCAAUCGGCAGUUUCACUCCUUUUUUCAUCAAACGAUUCAUUCAAUAAAUUGGCAUACAGGUUGAAUGGUGCCUCUAUGCAUACUCCGAACCAUCCAGAAAAACCGUUAAAUGACUAUGCUACGAACGAAUACCCUGAAGAAGCUAAACAAGAUAAUAAAAAUUCAAGCUGUCCUGGUCUUGAGUGCGUCCCGCACCCUCAAGAAUUUGAAAACGGAGCUUUGAGUAAAGCAGAAACUAGUAAUGAAAAUCCAGUGGGUCGUGUGGCUGAGGAUACUGGAGAAGUAUUGGAGGAUAAGAUUAUGCGUUUAAUAAGUGAGUUGCAGGAUAUGGAGCAAGCACGUAUGCAUCCGCCUUGUGCCAUCAAUAUAUGUUGCAAAGAAUGUCGUGGCAAACUGAUUACGCUGUGA